GUUUCUCUGGGUGUAGUCCCAACCCUGGCCCGCAGUCCGUACAAUCGAUAACAACAAAGCUACAGCAAAACAGACUUACACAACACUAUGCAAAACGAACCACAAAUCGAUAACACUAAACAAUAGGAGCAUCUUACAGAUAAACAACAUAAACAGCUGUGACGAUAAGUAAAUGUAAACAACAACGAUCGGGUCCCGGUUCCGGACCCAGCGUACCCGCCCUAACAUGAGACGAUCACCUACUUGUCUCCCACAUUUUGGCCAUUAUAUGGCCUGCAUCAGCCUGUGCCGGCUAUUACGGAUACAGAUCGGGCAUUUUAAACAGGUGCAUACGAUAAAAUAUAUAUAUAACAUUUCUCGCAACUUCCCUUCAACAGUACAGAACGCAUUGUUUUACAACGUUUGUACGGAACAGGAGGUAAAAACACGGUCAAAACUUAUUGCCAGUCAACAAAUGAAAGAAAAACAAGGGGAGACAUAUCAAUACAGAGACCCUCAAAUAUGGGUCUGCUUCGGCCUCUCCCUUUUAUUCGGGCGAGGGAAGAACGACGUGGAACGGACUCACUCAGUGAUGAAGUAGGCGGGGUCUCGUCUAUGGCCGCCUCUCGUCGUUAGAGUCCCGUCCGUAAUGGCUCGUCUCGC